UUUGGUCGAAAGUAAAACCAAUAACACUGAUUUGACAUAGAAAGAUUCUUCCUAAUAUAGAAAUUGCAGAUUUGUCUAGCUGUGAAGAAGUUGAGGCAAUAACUGAAGUUGUAUGCCAAAAAUUGAAAAUGUAAAAUUCUUCGAAAAUGUUGAUCAGGAAAACAUAGAGGAAUAAUUCUACAGGACCGGGCUUUUAAUACUUAAGAAAUGCGGAUAUCGUUUUAAAUGUCACAAAAACAUAAUCAAUAGUUUGGAUUAUUCGUGUUUUUCAUUUAUCCGUAACAUGUUUUCGCGGCGUUAGCCCGGAUAAUCGAGAGCACACUCGUUGAUAAGGAGCACGAAAUGCAGAAUUUUUAUCACGAUUUCGGUUCUGGUGACUUUCAUUAGACGACUAUUCAUGCCUGUCUUCUGCAUAUCAUGAUACACUUUAAAGAAACAGGAAACCACUAACCGAUUGUUGCUGUAUUAAGUUUUAUAAAAUUGUGUUAAUCUUAGAAAUACAAUAUUCGGAAGUCUAUGGAACUCUCGACAUUACGAAAAGACUUCUUUCCAAACGUGUGAUGAUAUAUAAGUAAUUUGUUAUAAGAAGAAGAUGAGUCUCUUCACUCCGUUUUUUAAUUUCAGUCUGCUUCGUUGUAAGUAUGGCGGAUGAUGAACUUUCGCCGACAGAAGAGAGGCCAAUCGUAGAUGAGAAAUCUCCAGAUAAAGCUAAGCUUGAUAAUUUAAUAACAAAUUUGGCGCAUGAUUAUUCUAAGUACUUAAAAGUUGACGUAACGGCUGAGAAAGCUGUGUUAGAAGACGCAAUAGAAGAUGUCUUAACUCGUUUAGAUGAAUUUACAUCUCUUGUUGAUAUGGUUCGAGAUGAUAGUACUUUGUGUUUAAAUAGUACGCUUCCUGCAAUUCAUAAAAAGUAUGAAGAGAUGGAGAAAAUAUUUCAAAGAAUUGAUCGAUUAGAGGAAAUGGUGAAUGCAAUAAAACAUAAUUUGGAUGUUAUGGAAGAAAAGGUAACUGAAGCAGAAGAACAGUUAGAUACUAGUUCAGUGAAAAAGCUUUUCAAUAGUCUUCAGAAGCCUUUGUUUUCAAAGAAAUCCGGUGACUAAAAAACAAAUAAAGUAUGAACCACCAGAAAUUUUUAAAACUGAAGAGUUUCCCAAUUCAUCUGCAGCUGAAGACAUUUUAGAGACUUAGGGGCCAAUCAAUGAGGAUUUUCUAAGAACGAAUAUGUGAUACGUAAUAUAUGUAAAUUUCAUUACAUGUAUUUAUUCCAGAUUUUUUUUAAGCUUGUAGGAAAAGGCUUCUUAUAUUUUCCAAAUAUUUUUAAAUUUAAGCAUCACAUGAAAUUUUUCUUUUAUGAUUUUUAAUUUAAAUACUUGCAGUUUAUUACUGAUACUGAAGAUUUGGAGGAUCUAGUUUCACGAUCAAUCUUAAAGAACAGUACUUUUUUUUUUAGUUUGCACAUGUCAGAUAACACAGCACAACUACAAAAGUUUUAGGACUGAGUUCGUAAAAGUUAAGAUGGGGGGGAAAACAUUUACACUAUUAACCUUCUAUGCAUUCUUUGUGAUGCAACACAUUUCUUGGUAAUGGCAGAGCAUUUGGAUUGUUUAAAAAAUCAAAGAAUCGUUAAAAAUUUCAGAAUACCUGAAAAAAAUCUUUACUUCGUCUGACACUUUUUUUUUUACAGUAGAAGUCCGAUAAUCCGGCACGUUCGGGACCGGCUCGGUGCCGGACUACCGAAAAUUCCGGUAUAUUGGGCGGUAAUUAUAAGAACAAUUAGGUUAAUAAUUAAACUAAAAAUACAGUAUGCAAAUACAUACAACAAAGUUUAUUUUACAUUUCAUAUAAUGUAUGUACACGUACUGUAAAACAUAUUUCACUUAGAUUUUAAAAAGUCACGAAUGUCUUUUUGUUUUCUUGACUUUUGGCGUUUAGUAUAAAAUUUAUUUCUAAUGAUAUGGAAAUCAAUAAUUUCUGAAGCACUGUAGCUAGUACUAGCCUCGGCAAAAGAGAUAAACUUAUUUGGUGAUUCUGCAGCUUCUGCCCAGCUGAUUUUUUCCU